AUGAUUAAAAGAUUAGUACUACUACGACCGAUCAUAUUCAAUAUUCAUAGAAGAAAACGACUAUUUCAAACAACAACUUGCAUAAAUACAAAUGUCAAAUCAACUAUCAACUUCAUAUCAAAUACUAUUUCAAAUCAAUUUGAUUUUAAUGAUUCAACUACCCAAACUUUAAUAUCUCAAGUACCUAAUUUAAAACUGAAUUUAAACAAAGCAGUGGAUUAUGAAAAUAAACUCUACACUUUAUUAUUGUAUGAUCCAAUUUUAAUUGACCCAAAAUUAUAUUUAUUCUUUUAUUAUCAUGAUGUCAAUCGAAAUGAAACAAUUAAAAAAUUAUUAAUUAAAAGAUUGGUAUAUCAUAGACAAUUUAAAGCAUGCUGGCAAAUAUUUAUGGAAUCAUAUACUUCUAUUUCAGAUCUAGAUACAUUUAUAGAAACUGUUGAUGGUGUUUUACAUUCAAAAUUUGAUUUUUUGGAUUUCAUACUAUGUAUGCCCUUGGAGGAUAAUCAUCAAUUUAAACAACUAGUUAAUACAAUUACAUAUAUAUAUAAACCAGAUUUUGAAAUAGAGGAGAUUAUUGAAUUAUGGUCACAAUAUAGUAUAAGUCCACCUUUAAAAGAUGAUACAAUCGAGUACAAGAUUAUAUACCUUAAGAAAAUGAUUGAUAAAGAUCCUGAAGAUGUUUUUUAUUAUAUUUCAAAGUAUCCUGAAGUUUUAAAUUAUCCAGGUUGGACAAGUUUAUUACCAAAUCAAUCAACAUGUAAAUAUUCACCCAGACCAAAAUUUGAAAUGACUGAUACGAUAAAAGUUUUAGACGAAACAGAUACAUUAAAUGUAUUAGAUUCAGUGGAUCCAUCAAAGAUACUACAACUCACCACCAGUCAAAAUAGUAUAUUGAUUAAUAUGAUAGCUAGACGAAUUUUGAAAAAUCCAAAUCCAGAAGCAAUUGAUAUUUUAUUCAACUACAGUCUUUUAUUGAAUGAGAAAAGCUUAAAUUUAUUAUGUAGUCUAGCUAUUGAAUAUAAUCUAGAUUUAAUUAAAUUACCUCAAAAAUGUUUAGAUAAAUUUGAAUCAUCUUUAGAACCUCAACAAUACAUUCAAAUCAUAAAAUCAACAAAUAAAAAUCAUAAAUUAUGUAGAAAAUUCAUACAUUCAUAUGCAUACAUUGCAAACUCGAAAGAUUUUCAACAAUUGAUACUAUCUGCUGGCUCAGAAUUAAAUAAAAUUACAAUACUUGAAAUCUUUCGAGCUGCAAUAUUGAAAUCCAAAAUAUUUGAUCAAUUGGUCAUUAUACCUAUUUUCAAUAUACUAAUUACCAAAUCAAUAAAAGGUUCAACUGGUUAUCAAUUAAACAGGUCAUUAAAUUUUGUACUUGAUUGUUUUUGUCAAUCGAUAUCAUUAGCAGAUUCAAAAGAUAUAGCAAAAAUAUUAGAUAUAUUAUCAGAUUAUAUCCAGAGUGAAAAAUUCAACUAUGAUGUAAAUUUUAAACGGCAUAUCUUGGAGAGGAUAAUUAAUCGAGUAAUUGAAUUUGUCAUAUUCACAACAAGAAAAGAAGAUGCAUUAAUAGUGAUACAAGGUGUUAAAGAUAAUUUAAGGGCUAAUAAAUGGUAUUUUAGAAAAUGGAUAAUAAUGAAACUUAUAAUUGAUGAUCAUAAAAAUGCUAUGAGAUUAAUUAAAUUUUAUCAGGAAGAUAAAUUUAUACUUUCAAAAUAUCAUUCCUAUUUCAUUUCGGGAAUUUUACAAAAUAGGAAACUAAAAUUACGUGAAAAAUUCGAAUUGAUUGAUCGUUUGAAAAAGAAAUAUGAGGAAUUAAAAUUAGAGAAUAAAUUAAAGGAUAAACAUUACUUAACUAUUGCUACUCAGUUAUAUAUAUUUAAAAAAAAUAAAGAAUUGGAUAUGGAUUCGAUUCGGUGGUUCUGUAAAGAGUUUAAAGACAGUAAAAAGUUUAGAGAGGUUAUUAAACGGAGAGUAAGGCAAAAGAAUGAUUUAUAUAAUUUAAUGUGA